AUGCUAAAUGCAAUUACCCCAAGAACUAGACUUUGGUCGUUAAAUGUUUCUGAUUCUAUCAAGAGUGUAAGACUUUUCAGUUUAUCAGUUGUACGAAGAAUCCCACUUAAGUUACGUGAUUAUCAAGUUGAAGCCAUAAAUUCAGUUCAUAAUGCCAUAUCAAGAGGUGUAAAUCGUUCGGCAGUAGUAUUAGCAACAGGCGGUGGAAAAACAGUUGUAUUUUCCCAUUUAAUUCCUCAGAUAAAGCCAUCAACACCCGAGAGAGGCAACAAAACAUUAGUACUUGCCCACAAGGAAGAGUUAGUCAGACAGGCAGCUGAUUCCAUUGCUGAGAUAAAUCCUAAUUUAAAGGUUGACAUUGACAUGAGGAAACUCAAGCCCUCUUCUAAUGCUGACGUUAUUGUGGCAUCUGUUCCUACAUUAAUCAGAAUGAGUCGGCUAUCCAAAUAUGAUCCAAAGGAGUUUAAAACAAUAAUACUAGACGAAUGCCACCAUGCUCCAGCAAAUUCUUGGUCGAAGAUACUACAGUAUUUUGAGGCAAAUUCACAGCAACUGCAGAUAUAUGUUAUAGGGUUUACGGCUACUAUGGAAAGAAGUGAUGGAAAAUCGUUAGCAGAAAUCUUCGAUGAAAUUGUCUUUGAAAGAAAUUUGUUAGAAAUGGUGCAGAAUAAGGAAUUAGCUGACGUAAGGUUUUCCUCUAUUGACGUAGACGUUGAUUUAACAAAAGUUGCAACAAGGAAGAAUGAUUAUGAAAUAAAUAGUUUGUCACAGGCUAUGAAUGAUUCCGAAGUUAAUCUUUUGGUAGCUCUAUCUUACUCACAGCUACAGAAAGAAUUCAAUUUUAAAUCAACUUUGAUAUUUUGUGUUGAUAUUAGUCACUGUAAAACACUUUGUGGUGUCUUUCAACGGGAAGGAAUAAAUGCACAAUAUGUAACAGGAGAAACUGCCAAGCAUGAAAGACAGGCUAUAAUUGAAGAUUUCAAAAAUGGCAUAAUUGAGGUUUUAUGUAAUGUUCAAGUUUUUACUGAAGGUACUGAUAUACCAAAUAUUGAUUCUCUAUUUUUGGCAAGACCAACGAAGUCGAGACCAUUGUUAGUUCAGAUGAUUGGUAGAGGAUUAAGAUUACAUAAAUCGAAAACACACUGUCAUGUGGUUGAUAUUGCUGGAACUCGUGGUACUGGAAUUCAGUCAGUUCCUACUUUAUUCUCUUUACCACCUGAUUACCUUAUACACGGUAAAUCAUAUGAAGAGUUAGUAAAGGAAAAGGAGGAGUAUGAUGAAGAGAUUGAAUGCUUAAAAAAGCAAGAAAUGUUAGAAAGAGAAAGAAACUGUCGUCUUGAAGAAAUUGCAACACAUAAUAAAAUGAACGAGUUAAAGGAGAGAAGUGAAAAGGUAAAUCUAAAAUUCAAGACAUUUGAUGGUUUUAUGGCAUUGGAAGCCCAUGAUGCUAAUGAAUAUCAAACUAGUAAAAAUAUACAUGCCAAAUUUAGAUCCAAUCGCCUUAGUUGGGUCAAAUUAGCUUUUGAUAUGUGGGGCCAUCAACUUGGCAACAAUGAUUUUUUUCUUGUUAAAAAGUGCUAUCAAUCGAGGAAGGAUGAUGGGGUAUAUUUUCGUUUAACAUUGAACAAGUUUACUUCUCAUCAACAGCGUAUCGCCAGUCAAUAUAAAUGUGGGAAGAUAACUCUUAUAUCGGAGAUAAUGGUGGAUCUGAAUUUGCAAUCCAUAUUAGCGAAGGCUGAAACUUUAAAUUCUCAAUUCGAAAAGAGCUUCUUCAAGAAUUUUAAUAACUCUUCCACCGUUUCUGAUAAGCAACACACUUUUCUUAGUACUAAAUUAUCUAAACGAGCUAAGCUGAGUUACGAGUUCACCCCACAUUUACAACAGGAAUUAAACCAUGGUUUGAAAAAAUUUACAAAAGAAAGAGCAUCCAAUUUAAUAUUCGCCCUUAAAUAUUCUCUGCUGGCUCUUUGGGUGAAAUGGGAACUCCAAAAGUUGUUAGGACCAGAUAAAAAGUCCCAAAAUUCUCUUAAAAAAAUUGUAAAUGGCGGUAGCUCCCAUCAUAUUCUAGACCAUGAAUCAGAAUCUACCAGCCCAUCAGGCAUUAUAUAA